AUGUCUUCAACCAGACUCAGCACAAGCCUCCGCAGGAUGGCUGCCAGCGCAUCCCGACUGGCCCGCCCAGUGCAACGGCAGACCCGAAGCAUUCACAACCAGAUCACAUCCAAGAGGACAACACAGCUUCCCUCCAGACAGCUUCAGUGGCCCUCAGCGCGUGCUUUCUCGGCUUCGGCUGCCCAGGCGCAUGGCCACAUCACCCCUCCGAAGGCCGGCGAAGAGUUGUGGGUAACAUUCGUUGACAAGGACGGAGACGAGUUCAAGAUCGCUGUAAGCGAAGGGGAUAACCUUCUUGACGUUGCGCAGGACAAUGACUUGGAGAUGGAGGGUGCUUGCGGAGGCUCUUGCGCUUGCUCAACGUGCCACGUGAUCGUUGCCGAAGAGGAAUACUACGAGAAGAUGCCCGAGCCCGAAGAUGACGAGAACGACAUGCUCGACCUGGCCUUUGGAUUGACCGAGACGAGUCGAUUGGGCUGCCAGAUAACCAUGACAAAGGAGCUAGACGGCCUCAAGAUUAAGCUGCCCUCGAUGACACGGAACCUUCAGGCCAGCGACUUCAAAUAA